AUGAACAAUGACAACAACCAGACCAAUAUUCCAAUGUUUGGUAUGGAUAUGAAUGGAUUGCAACCAGGAAUGCAGCAACAACAACCUAGCCAGGUGGGUCAGCAACAACAACAGCAACAACACAAUCCACGUAUUGGUUCUUUACCAAUGUUGACACCAGAGUUGUUGGCUUCCUUGACUCCGCAGCAAAUGCAAGCAAUGAAGGGUCAUCCACAGUUCCAGGAGAUGAUGCGGCAGUACAUACAAAGACAGCAGUUUUUGAAUCAACAACAUAAAGCUUUCCCUCGGGGAGGUGGCAGCGUUGGAAGUGGUACCCCCAACUUUCCUCAGGGACAAAGCAUGCCCCAGCAACAACAAGCUCUACAGCAGUCACUACAACAACAGCCACUACAGCCACUGCCAUUGUCUGUCCCGGGCGGUAAUCCCUUAGCAGCAAAUGGCUCUACCGCUUUUUCGCAACCUUAUCAACAAUCUCAAAUGGGCCCACAACUUCAUCUUCAACAACAACAGCAGCAACAACAACAACAGCAACAACAACAGCAACAGCAACAGCGUGCACUGCAAGCCCCUCCCCAAGGAUUUAGUGGCAAUCUUCCAGGAAAUGUACCAAAUAGCAUGCCACAGCAAAGAGCCAAUUUCCAAAGUCCAGGAUUCGGAGGCGGGGCAGUACCAGGUGGACAUAUACCGAGUAUUGCACAAGGUGGACCUCCUUCAGCAAGCGUAGCUGAUACUCAUAUUAUAAACAACGUAGUGCCCAAUGCGAUGCCAUUGAACGAACCCAACGGGGCAGCUCCAUUUCCAAAUGUACAACCUACUUCCACUGUUCCUUCUUUCAAUGCUACUGGCCAGACACCCUCUCAACCCAACUUGCAUAGACCAGGUGGUUUGAUUGAGCCAGGUCGGAUGAACUCAGCCAUAUCUAUUCCUGGAGUGAGUCCAGCAAAAGCACAGGAGUUACUGGGAAAAUUACCCAUCAAGCAAUUGACAAGUCUUGAUCAAUGGUCAAAUAAAUUUGAGCUGGAAGGUGUACCGCCCCCGUUGGACACCGACGUGUAUGAGGAAAUCAUACAAAAAGACGCCGACUACUUGACAAACUUGGCAAAGCAGCACGCCUCCAUGAAGCAUGAAGGUGAAUCUGCUGCUCGGGAUUUACAACAGUACAACCAAAUAAAGCAGUUGCGAAUGAACGCAAUACAGUUGAGUGCUAAGAAUCAAAUGAACAAUAGUAUAUGGGGUGAAGGUUACCAAGGGUACGGCAAUGGUAUCACAAAUACGGCAAGUAGGCUCCUACUUCCCGAGCGAGAUAUAUCGGAUCGAAUGAUUAAUGAAAGAUUGGCCCAAACAAAGGGUCCCAAAAACUAUGUCCCUAUUCGACUUGAAUUCGACCAAGAUAAAGACAAGUUUAAGUUACGUGACACCUUUUUGUGGGACUUGAAUGAGAAAGUGUUUACAGUGGAGGAUUUCACCAGUCAAUUGUUGGAUGAUUACAAACUUAUACCACGCAUUCAUUAUCAAACCAUAUUGAAUAGUAUCAAGGAGCAAAUUGCCGAGUAUCAACAAAAGCCUACAAAAACCACUGGCGAGAUUCGUAUACCAAUCAAGAUUGACAUCAUUAUGAACAAUACUCAACUUACUGACCAAUUUGAAUGGGACAUUCUUAAUACUAAUGAGAACGAGCCAGAAGAAUUUGCCAUGAUUAUGUGCGAUGAGCUUUACUUGCCAGGAGAGUUUAGCACCACUAUAGCCCAUAGCAUUCGAGAACAAUGUCAAAUGUAUAUCAGGGCUUUGAAUUUGGUUGGGUGUAACUACGAUGGGACCCCUGUUACUGAGGAUUCUAUUCGUAAUCAUUUGCUUCCAUCAUUACGCUUGGUGUCCAAGGAUUAUCAAGUUGUCGAUGACUUUUUCUCGAUAUUGAGAAAUCCGUCAAAUGUGCCUGAGUUUAGUCCUCAGUUGAUCAAGUUGACAGAAUUGGAGCUCGAGCGUUUGGACAAGGAAAUGGAAAGGGAAAGCAGACGGAAGAGAAGACACAAUUACAAUGAAGAAGGACAGGGCUUUGGUGGCUUUGGUGGAACCCCAAGUGGUGGAUUUGGCUCUGGAACAUUUACUCCCACUGGAACCGAAGCGUUUAUCAAAACAGCUCCAAGUACAGGCAGUUCAAGAGGGUUCCUGUCUUCGAGACGUAAUGCAGCUCAUAUUGGUAGGGGUAAUGUGAUCCCUGACUUGUCGGAUGUGCCCAAGACUUUCCGAACUCCAGCACCAUCAAGUAUACUACCUGGAGCUAUUGAUUUGGCAGUCCCUGAAGUUUAUGAGUGUGAUGAGAUAUUUGUCAAUCGAACUCAAGUGAAAAAUCCCGACUAUAGACCGCCGACGCCUGACCCUGCGUUGAGCGAUCGAGUACAAUAUCAUCACGAUCCAUUGGAGGGUUCGUUCAACCAAGUAGAUCCCUUCAAAUCAUUCAUUGCAGGAGGUACAGCAGGUGCCGUUGAAGGUGUGGUGACCUACCCUUUCGAAUUUGCCAAGACCAGAUUACAACUAAUUGACAAAUCCGCCAAAACCACAUCGAGGAACCCGUUAAAGUUAAUCUACACUAUUGGCAAAACCCAGGGAAUAGGUGCAUUAUACGUGGGAUGUCCUGCAUUUGUGGUUGGAAACACGGCAAAGGCAUCCGUGCGAUUCUUGGGGUUUGAUUACAUCAAGAACUUGUUAGUUGACAAGCAGGGGAAAUUGUCAGGACCCAGAGGUGUCAUUGCCGGGUUGGGUGCUGGGCUAUUAGAGAGUGUGGUUGCCGUGACUCCAUUUGAAGCAAUCAAGACUGGGCUUAUUGACGACAAGCAGCGCCCUCAGCCAAGGUACCAACUGGGAUUGGUUAGCGGGACAGUGAAGUUGGUUAAAGAUAUGGGAUUCAAGGGGAUUUACGCUGGUGUUGUGCCUGUAAGUUUACGUCAAGCUGCUAACCAAGCAGUGAGGUUGGGGUCGUAUAAUGCCAUCAAGACCAUGAUCCAGCAGGCCACAGGAACUAAGCCAAACCAACCCUUGAGCUCAGCUGCAACUUUUGCAGUGGGUGCUUUUGCUGGUAUUAUCACGGUGUAUACGACAAUGCCUAUAGAUACCGUCAAGACGAGAAUGCAAGCUUUGGGGUCGGAGAAGUUGUAUAGGUCGACUUUGGAUUGUUUUGUCAAGAUUUUCAAGCAGGAAGGGUUGUUGACUUUCUGGAAGGGUGCCACGCCAAGGUUGGGGAGAUUGGUGUUGAGUGGAGGUAUUGUAUUUACAAUAUAUGAAAAGAUGUUGGUCAUUUUGCAUUAG